UAAAUGAUUAAAAAAAAAAUAAGGACAAAUGCGAAUGAUCGGUUCUUCUCAAAACCGAAAGUAGAAAAUGACACUGAACGAUCACAAAAAAAGUAAUGAAGCGAUGAAAAAAUCAGUAUUGAAUAUCACCACUGACAAUUAGAAUUGUGAUUUUAGUGGAUUUCAUUAUGAGUUGAUAAGUUACUUAUAGUUUUACAACAUAGAUUUGUUAAAAAGACCCACAAAGUACCACUCAAAAAAUUGAUUGAUUUAGAUCUACAGUUUUCAGUCUGCUACUCAAAGAAGGAAGUAAAAGGUUAUUUUUUGGUGUAUGAGUGCAAUGGCACGUAGGCUUUAAACUGUUAAAAGGAGAAUUAAUGUUAUUGUUAAAACAUGUUAUCGAAAUCAGAAGAUGAGCCAGCAAAAAAAAAAAAACUUGAAGAAAAAAUAAUUAAUACGAAAAAGAAAAGGAUGGGUUGCUGUAAAUGUAUGUUUUGGACAUUUUCUGUACUUAUUGGCAUAAUAUCAUGUUUGAUUGGAGGGAUUUAUUUUUAUGCAAGAAGGAAUGAGAUACCAGAAGAGAUUGCAAUGAACCUUGGAGAUGCCGGAAUCCAGACGUUCAAGGCAUUUGAUCGCAACGAUGACGGUUAUAUCUCGAUAUACGAGUUUGAACCAAUGUACCAUCAUCUAGUAAAUGGAGCCCCACCAAAUGUAAGCAGUGAACAAGAGGUACAGUAUGAGCAGGUGAUAACCUUGGCUGAUGAAGUUGUUACAGUGGUACCAAGUUUCAAACCCCUAGAGCUUACAUCAAUGAUGAGAGACUUGGACAAACACAAGGGAGCUGGAGUGGUGGGUUGGAUAGAAUUUGCAGUUAGAUAUGCACUUGAAAGCUUUGAAGAAGGAAGAAGAUUUUUAGCUGGUAGCCCAGACCCUUUAUAUGGUCUCAAGAGUUGGAAAAGAGGAAACUUGGAAUUUCUCAACUUCGCUGUCCACCAUUUUCAUUUUUUCUUACCGAAAGAUCAUUCAUUUGAAGUUGGAAGGGUUUAUCACAUUGUUGAAGAUGAACAGACAUUUUUGCAGAAAAUGAUAUCUGACAUUUCUAGCAAUCGUUACUUUCCGCCAUUCGUCAAGGAUCAAUAUGUGACAUUACAUAGACUCUUGACCUUAUUUCAUCCAAGACCAUUUAUUCAGUCAAGGUUCAAACCUAGGGGUUCUGUAGCAAUGGUCAGGGCAAAAAAUGAGAAAUAUAUAGAAAUUGUGUUCAGGAUCCAUGCAGAGUUCCAGUUGAACCAGCUUCCGAAUUAUCCAUUCUGGUUCACACCAGCACAGUUUACCGGAAAACUCAUCAUAACACAAGAUCUGAAUCAUAUCAUACACUUCAAUAUGUAUGUUCCAAACACCAAAAAAUUAAAUGUUGAUAUGGAGUGGUUGGAAGGAGGAAAUAGCAUGGUUGUUGAUAUUGGCUUCUUGCCAGAAAUGGCCUUGAAAAUAACAGCACCGUCAGUACCAGGCAGCAACAUUGUUUUAGAAGAGAAAAUUCCAAAUAAAAAGUUUGAUGUGGACGGUAUAGCAUGGACAGAGGAAAUACCGGAAGAGGAGGCUUUACGUACGAUGCAGAUUGAAAUGUAUCCAUUCCAGAAGGUGAGGUACUACAAUUUUUCCGAGUCUCUGGAAGUUGCAAAGAAGGAAGACAAAUUGAUACAUCACAUUUUGUUAUGGGGUGCUUUAGACGAUCAGAGUUGCUGAGGUUCGGGGCGUACCCUCCGGGAUGUAACCCUGGAGAGUGCGCCCGUUUUAAAACUUCUCGACGAGAGGUUUGUCAGUGGUUGGUCCCUGGUUGUUGAUCUUGAGGCAUCGAGAGAUGACUCGACACAACCGGAGGUCGCCGCAGUAGCAAAACAUUUCAUGGAGCAUUACAGUUUCCCAGUUAUGAUGGCAGUAGCUUAUCCAAAUGGCACCAUUGCUCAUAAAAUCAAUGCAAAUGAAUUCCUCGAUACACAGCCAAGUAUAGUCGAGACUGGAUUCAGUGAGCCCAGUUCUAUGCAUUAUAUCAGGUUCCUAAAGGAAGGAAUCUCACGAGUUGAGCACGGAGAAGUGGCAGAAAUAACGCCAGAACAAGAGAAACCUUUCAAUCCUCAUUAAUGUUUUAUCUAGAUAAAUAUUACCUUCCUCAAAAUGUUUUGUAGGUGGUGUCUCAAGCAUUGAUUUUGCAUAACGCUUUGUAUUUUAUUGUACAGUAGUUAAUAUUAAUUUAUUACCGGUAUAUCUCAUUUUUUUGCCAUUGCAAAAUUCAUAUGUCAAGUAUGUUGUCUUGCUUCUUCUAUAGAAAAACCCUGUCUUUUUUCUGUUGGUCUAUUUGAAGGAAAAAGAUACUUCAAACUGACACAUUGACAGCUGACUGGGAGUUGUUCACAAUUUGCAUUGACAUUCAUAUAGUAGUUCAUUUCUUUCUGAAAUAGUUUCUCAAUUCAUAUAUGAACUAUGUGCAUAAAAAUUCUUACAUCUUUUUCUGUGUAAUAAAACAAAUAUUUCACUGUUUUCAUGGGACAGUAAAUGGGACAGUAAAUGUUGUUAAUAUUAAGAUACUGUCAGCCUUGGCUCCCCAUCAUUGACCAGGGAUAUACCGAUAUGUAUUGUCUCACAGAUUUGACAGUAUGCUGCUUCUCUUUAUUCAGUCAGGCCGACAAUUUAAACUGUACACUCAGAGCAAUGUGAUAUUCAUAUACUGUUGCAUUAUAUGUAAAGGAAACAGUGUUUUGAAAACUAGUGGUACACAAUUUGCCAUUUUCAUUCCACAUUUGAAAAUAUAGAUACUUAUACUCAUUUAAAUUCAUGGAAGGUUUCCAUGUGUUAAUUAUUAAAUAAUCGAUGCCUUCACAUUUUUAGCUCACCUGAGCAAUGCUCAGGUGAGUUUUUGUGAUCGCUCGAUGUCCGGCGUCUGUCUGUCGUCUGUCGUCUGUCUGUCGUCUGUCAACAUUUAGCUUGUGUAUGCAAUAGAGGCUGUAUUUUUCAACUGAUCUUCAUGAAAUUUGGUCAGAAUGAUAACCUUGAUGAAAUCUAGGCUGAGUUCGAAAGUGGGUCAUCUGGGGUCAAAAACUAGGUCAUUAGGUCAAAUCAAAGAAAAACCUUGUGUAUGCGAUAGAGGCUGUAUUUUUCAAUUCAUCUUCAUGAAUUUUGGUCAGAAUGAUUACCUUGAUGAAAUCUAGGCCAAGUUCGAAAAUGGGUCAUCUGGGGUCAAAAACUAGGUCACUAGGUCAAAUCAAAGAAAAACCUUGUGUAUGCGAUAGAGGCUGUAUUUUUCAAUUAAUCUUCAUGAAUUUUGGUCACAAUGAUUACCUUGAUGAAAUCUAGGCCAAGUUUGAAAAUGGGUCAUCUGGGGUCAAAAACUAGGUCACUAGGUCAAAUCAAAGAAAAACCUUGUGUAUGCGAUAGAGGCUGUAUUUUUCAAUUAAUCUUCAUGAAUUUUGGUCACAAUGAUUACCUUGAUGAAAUCUAGGCCAAGUUCAAAUAUGGGUCCUCUGGGGUCAAAAAGUAGGUCACUAGGUCAAAUAAAAGAAAAACCUUGUGUAUGCGAUAGAGGCUGUAUUUUUCAAUUAAUCUUCAUGAAUUUUGGUCAGAAUGAUAACCUUGAUGAAAUCUAGGCCUAAUUUGAAAAUGGGUCAUCUGAGGUCAAAAACUAGGUCACUAGGUCAAAUCAAAGAAAAACCUUGUGUAUGUGAUAGAGGCUGUAUUUUUCAAUUAAUCUUCAUGAAUUUUGGUCAGAAUGAUUCCCUUGAUAAAAUUUAGGUCAAGUUCGAAUAUGGGUCAUCUGGGGUCAAAAACUAGGUCACUAGGUCAAAUCAAAGGAAAAGCUUGUAUAUGCGAUAGAGGCUGCAUUUUUCAAUUGAUCUUCCUGAAAUUAAGUCAAAAUGAUAGCCUUAAUGAAAUCUAGGCUGAAUUUGAAAAUGGGUCAUCUUGGGUCAAAAAGUAGGUCACUAGGUCAAAUCAAAGAAAAACCUUGUGUAUGCGAUAGAGGCUGUAUUUUUCAAUUGAUCUUCAUGAAAUUUGGUCAGAAUGAUAGCCUUGGUGAAAUCUAGGUCAGAUUCGAAUAUGGGUCAUCUGGGGUCAAAAACUAGGUCACUAGGUCAAAUCAAAGAAAAUACUUACUUAUACUUAAGAUUUUUGCUCCAGUUUUAAUGACAAUUGGUCAGAAUAUUUUUUUCCAUGAAAUCACUAGGUCAAACAUGUUUACUCUGCUUAAUAUGUUGUGUUAUGGUGUGUUUCUCAGGUGAGCGACCUAGGGCCAUCUUGGCCCUCUUGUUUAUUGUGUGAAUUACAUUGGUUCAGAGUUCAGAUGUGCAGGAAUUGAAACCAGGGGGCAUUAGUCCCAGUAGUUAGAUAUUCAAGCAUCUAAAUCAUUGGACAAUAAACCACAAGAUGGCAUUGUUUAUUUUCAUUCUAACACGCUCUUAAAACACAAUGAUAAAAAGUAUGGGGAUUUUUAUUCAUCCGAUUGGUAGUGAAUUUGGCAUAAUGGUCUCACACCACGUCAUACGUCAGCUGUUGUUUAUCGCAGAAUAUACAAUGCUCGACUUCAUUCUUUCUUUAACCUAUAAAAUGUUGUGCCAUGUUAGACUGUUCACAUUUUUGAUAACUGAUUACUGAUCGUUUAUGACGUAGUUUCCUAAAUGAUGUGUGAUAUACAUGCAAGUCAUUGUAAUAUAACAUUAUUUUAUUAUUUUAGGCAUUUCAUGUGUUUAUGAGAAUAUGUAAAUAGUCCCAAACAUAUACAUACACAUUGAAGUAGGACAUUUCAGUUUCCAUAGUCUUUUUCAAUUGAAAUCAUUUCUACAACUUUUUUACGAAAAAUUCAUUUCUUAGAAGAAUGCAUUCAUCCCAUUUAAAAAAGCGUGACCUUAGAUACUAUGAAAUCACCCGUUAACAUUGUUAUGAUGGAAUUUUGACUUCAAGUAUCAGUGAAUGAAGACAGAGCUUUAACGUGAUUGGUCACUUAGCUCUGUCUGAUGGUACCUUGAUCACUCAAGUCAAUCUUACAUUGUAUAUAUGUUUACAGCCAGAGAACAUCCACUCCUUUGCUGUUAAGUUUGUUUUUAAGAAAUAGGGAUGCGAAAAAAGCUGUUUACUUCUCUAGAAUUGCUGGAAACAUAGUUUGUAUGAAGGAACUUAAGCUUGAAUCAGGUUGGAAACCUUGAUGAGGAAAGGAGAUAGAUCUUUAAAGAAUAGGGAGAUCUUAAUUUGAAAAAUGAGUACUUUUGGAUGUAGCUGAAUGCAAUGUUACCUUGCUGGAAAACUGGAGAAAUUUUUACAGAUUUUAUUUCAUACGAUUCCAUAUUGUUGCAUUCCAUGCUAUUAAAUCAUCCUUUUCAUUUAAAGGGCAUUGAUCUCAUUUUCUCAUUGCCUUUAUUUGGUAUAUAUAGACAUUUUAUUUUCAACAAAUUUAUGCAACUUUUAUGAUGUUUGUGUGUUAACAGAUAACCAGCAUUAUGUCUUCCAUUAUUUUUAUGGUGUGUUUUUUGGUGAUGGUGUAAAAUUUGUGAAUUUGUGUUGUGUGCUUUUGCAUGUUAAAAUUGCAUUGCAUGCAAAAUAGGAUUUGUAUUUACACAGAGAGCUGUUUAUUUUUGUUUGUGUAGCUUGUUUGUUAUAUAUGCUUCUAUUAAGAUAUUUUUUGAUGCCUAAUAUCCAAGUUUCCUGGUACAGAUCUUUGAGUGGGAAUCUUCACUGAAAGUAAAUUUUUAUAAAAGAUAAAUUUCUAAUCUGGAGCUUGAUAAUCACAUUUAAGCAACAUUUGAGGACGCUUAGCACUUCUUAUAUAUUCUGUUAGAGAUUAUUCAAGGAAAGAAAGGACCAUUACAUAAAGUUAGACCCCUAGUAGAAAUGUAUGUUUUAUCGAUUUUUAUAAAAUUUUGCAAUAAUUGCCCUUUGAUAUGAAAUAUGUAAGCCAAUUUUUUUAAAUUUCAAAAUAAUUUCUAGGUUUUUAUUUUCAUUUGUAAAGAUUAUGAUAAUUAUUUAAAUAAUCUGAACCAAAAAGCAAGUUUUUAAAUUCCCUUGUGCAGCCAAGAAGAUCAGGUUUUAAAAAUACCCCCAGGGAAAGCCCCCAGCACCUUAAGUGAACACAAAUAUAUGUAAAUGAUCAAAUAUUGAAGUUUCAAAGAAAUCGGUUACUUGACCAAAAUCUGAUUAACCACCUUUAAGCAAGUGCAUUGCUCAUUGUUUAUUUCUAUCUCAUAGUUAUAUUCCAGUUAUUAAACAGAAAAAAAAUCCAGACAUACUUACUUGUGUUCUAAUAGCAAAAGCUAUUUCAGUUACUAGUUCCAAUGUGUAAGGGAUGUCAAUCUUUAAUUGAUACUGGAGUGGGUGUAAAUGUGGAUUAGAGAAAACAAUCAAAGCGCUCAAAGUGCUGAUGGUGGCUGCUAAUCAAUGUUUAAAAUAUUACAAAGAAAGUGACAACUGAGGAAUUGUUAAUAUAAACUAUAAGAACUUUUUUGUAUUUUUAGCUCACCUGUCACAAAGUGACAAGGUGAGCUUUUGUGAUCGCGCGGUGUCCGUCGUCCAUGUGUGCGUGCGUCCGUAAACUUUUGCUUGUGACCACUCUAGAGGUCACAUUUUUCAUGGGAUCUUUAUGAAAGUUGGUCAGAAUGUUCAUCUUGAUGAUAUCUAGGUCAAGUUCGAAACUGGGUCACGUGCCGUCAAAAACUAGGUCAAUAGGUCUAAAAAUAGAAAAACCUUGUGACCUCUCUAGAGGCCAUAUAUUUCACAAGAUCUUCAUGAAAAUUGGUCAGAACGUUAACCUUGAUGAUGUCUAGGUCAUGUUCGAAACUGGGUCAUGUGCCAUCAAAAACUAGGUCAGUAGGUCAAAUAAUAGAAAAACCUUGUGACCUCUCUAAAGGCCAUAUUUUUCAUGGGAUCUGUAUGAAAGUUGCUCUGAAUGUUCAUCUUGAUAAUAUCUAAGUCAGUUUCGAAACUGGGUCACGUGCGAUCAAAAACUAGGUCAGUAGGUCUAAAAAUAGAAAAACCUUGUGAUCUCUCUAGAGGCCAUAUAUUUCAUGAGAUCUUCAUGAAAAUUGGUCAGAAUGUUUAUCUUGAUGAUAUCUAGGUCAGGUUUGAAAGUGGGUCACGUGCCAUCAAAAACUAGGUCAGUAGGUCAAAUAAUAGAAAAACCUUGUGACCUCUCUAGAGGCCAUAUUUUUCAUGGGAUCUGUAUGAAAGUUGGUCUGAAUGUUCAUCUUGAUGAUAUCUAGGUCAAGUUCGAAAGUGGGUCACAUGCCUUCAAAAACUAGGUCAGUAGGUCAAAUAAUAGAAAAACCUUGUGACCUCUCUAAAGGCCAUAUUUUUCAUGGGAUCUGUAUGAAAAUUGGUCUGAAUGUUCAUCUUAAUGAUAUCUAGGUCAGGUUCGAAACUGCGUCAACUGUGAUCAAAAACUAGGUCAGUAGGUCUAAAAAUAGAAAAACCUUGUGACCUCUCUAGAGGCCAUACUUUUGAAUGGAUCUUCAUGAAAAUUGGUCAGAAUGUUCACCUUGAUGAUAUCUAGGUCAAGUUUGAAACUGGGUCACGUGCCUUAAAAGCUAGGUCAGUAGGUCAAAUAAUAAAAAAAAAAAUUGUGACCUCUGUAGAGGCCAUAUUUUUCAUGGGAUCUGUAUGAAAGUUGGUCUGAAUGUUCAUCUUGAUGAUAUCUAGGUCAAGUUUGAAACUUUGUCAACUGCGGUAAAAAACUAGGUCAGUAGGUCUAAAAUUAUUAAAAUCUUUUGACCUCUCUAGAGGCCAUAUUUUUCAAUGGAUCUUCAUGAAAAUUGGUGAGAAUGUUCACCUUGAUGAUAUCUAGGUCAAUUUCGAAACCGGGUCACGUGCGGUCAAAAACUAGGCCAGUAGGUUUAAAAAUAGAAAAACCUUGUGACCUCUCUAGAGGCCAUGUUUUUCAUGAGAUCUUCAUGAAAAUUAGUGAGAAUGUUCACCUUGAUGAUAUUCUAGGUAAAGUUCAAAACAGGGUCACGUACCUUCGAAAACUAGGUCAAUAGGUCAAAUAAUAGAAAAACCUUGUUACCUCUCUAGAGACUAUAUUUUUCAAUGGAUCUUCAUGAAAAUUGGUCAGAAUUUUUAUCUUGAUAAUACCUAGGUCAAGUUCAAAACUAGGUCACUAUGUCAAAUAAUAGAAAAAACGACGUCAUACUCAAAACUGGGUCAUAUGGGAAGAGGUGAGCGAUUCAGGACCAUCAUGGUCCUCUUGUUUUAAUAUUCGGCUUUGGUUUCAAAAUUAAUCCUUUUUCACUGCCAGUCAUUGUUUACAUACACACUGAUUCAGUCUUUAACGAAUAGUUUUGAUUAUUUGUGAGGAAAACGACAACAUAAAUUACAUCGAAAAUGUUUUACUAUGAAUAAAUAAUAUAAGCUUUUUCUUCAAAUCAUUCAGCUUUUAAGAUUUCUUUUUAAAGCUUUUGGGCAGUGUCUGUCAUGAAUUAUUAUACACACUGAUUUAGUCCGUAUCAGAUAGCUGUGGUUUUCAUGAGACUUUUGUGAAAGAAAACAGCACAAACAUGCACCACAGAUGCACCUCAGAAUGUCAGUUCUGCAGCUAGUGUAUUUUAGAGGUGCAUUAAUUAUCACUCCUUGGCAAAAAUGCUGGACAUUAAGUCAGACAAACUUACAAGUAAUAGAAAGAGCAUUGAAACUCGAGGGUAAACGAUUUGUACGAGGGGGCAUAGCCACCGAGUAUAAAUCGUUUACCCGAGAGUUUUAAUGUUCUUUCUGUUUUGUAUCAUAGCCAUCCAUAUAUGGUAGUUGUAGGCGUUCAACAUUGCCAUAUACAGCAGUUCAGUGAGUACUUAAAAUCCUUGCUUUACAAAUGUGUAAAGCCCAGGUAAAAUGACCAAUGCUAGAGCAGAAAAUCAAUAAUAUACACUUCGCUGUCUACUGUUCCAGACACGCUGGCAUACUUUCCUAUCCAACAGUGCGGUAAUUAGCGUGCGGGUAUUAAAUACCUGCACACUUUUAGUUACCGCACUCUGUACUCAGAGUAUACGAAUUACCUGCACCACAUUUGUUAAGAAAAAACACUGAGCUAUGAUACAACUUCAGUCAGACCGAGAAAAAAGUCGAAAAUAUGUAACUGGCGAAACGAAACCGUUUUACAUAUAUUUGUAUCCAGAUAUAUUGAGACGCACCAUGAGAAAACCAGCAUAGUGCGUUAGCGAACAGCAAGGAUUCUGACCAGAGUGGUGUAUGGAUCCGCAGUUUGAUUUGGGCCCAUGCUGGUCACAAAUGCACUAUGUUGUUUUUCUCAUGGUGCGACUCGAAUGAAUUUAGCUGAAGUGAGCAGAAUCUGUCUUGAAACAAUUCAAUUUUUAAGUUGGUCAAAUCUGUUAUCCGACGACUUGCUACAGUCUGACACAUUGCCUUUUCAAAAAGGCAAGUAUUAGUAUCAUCGCUGUGCCCACUUUCAUGGGCUUACAAGUUGAUGAAAUCGUGAUACAGUAGCACCACUUAGUCAAAGCGAGCUUGAAACACUUCUCAGCUUGGGCGACCUGUGGGUUUCCACGUUGAUAAUUCGUGUUUUGUCAGACGAAAUUAUACCAAAUACAUGUGUAUCUAUGCAUACAUAUAGUAUCUUAUAUUGUACAUUUGCUGAAGGAAGAUUAUCCGUGAGGGAAUAUUAUUUAGAAAACAUACAUGUCUUUGAUUCUCACGGCAGGUCACAUUGCAAACAAUAUCGAAUGAAUUUCAACUGAAUGUCCUUUCAUUUUUGUUCACUCUCGUAUUGUAAGCAUGUUUUAGUAUAUUUUGUUCUUGAUAUAACGAUGAACUGUACAUGUUCAAGUUAUAUCAAUAAAGUACUGUUCUGUUCAUAAAUCAUCUCACUAAAUUUGCGCUAAUUAGUGUUAAUUGGCAGUAUCAACGCCUGAGGAAAUCCAUAUCACUGCUGAUUAUCCAUGGUUCGCACAGGCCAUGAAAAGUCCUUGAAUUUGAUGCCUACUCCUUGAAAACUACUUGAAUUUUGUAACUGUCAGAAACUACUUGAAAACUACUUGAAUUUAGGAAAAAACUUGCAAAAGAUGGCAAAUAGUCCUUAAAUUCGUCGGGUGCAAAGUGAAAACGGACACACAUUAUAAACGGACCAAAAUAAACUAAAAAACGAUGAAAAAAACAACCGUUACCGCCAUUAGGGCCUGCCACGGAGUCGGCGAUAGUACGGUACGGUACUGUACUUUACGGGUUUUAUGCUGUUUCAAGUAAUUUUUACACUGUGUAAUUUAUCUGCGAUGAGUUGAAGGAAGAAAAACACGAGUUCUAAAAAGUACAAUUAUGUCUUUUCGCAAAAGUGGCUUACUGAUGACAAUUAUAAACAUUGGGAAAUUCAAAGGCGAAAAACAAAAAUGCCUUUGUGUUUUUUGUGACAAGAUAAUCGACAUCGCUGCUAUGGGAGAAAGUGCAUUAAAAUCACAUAAUUUCCAAAAAGCGAAAAACAUAAAAACAGCUCUGCCAUGAGAAGUUCGACUGAAACAAUAUAUGCUUCUUUCGCUCCUAAGCAUGUAAGAGAGUCAACGCAGGAUAUAAAUAAUAACGACUUGACAAUACCGCGCCCACCCCCACCUACUGUGAAAACUGUGCCAAAAUCACUGAACACUUACUUGACAAAAGAUAUCAUUGGAUUUAAAUUGGUUAUUUCAUGUCUCAGCAACAGUGACAUUGCACCCAUUUUAGUCCGUGAAAAUGGAGGAAAACUACUUGAAAACUCCUUGAAAACUACUUGAAUUUUUUUUGGGAAGGUCUGUAUGAACCAUGUUAUCGAUUUUCUAUAAAUAGCCUAAUCAACAUGCGGUCAUAUUUUUUGCGUGCUUGAAACGAAAACGAGACAAUGCAGUCGAAAAUUCAGUAACAUUCUUAGAUCACUAGGGUUGCAUUAAUAUAAUAUCUUACAAUUUGAUAGCUAUGACGAAAUUUAAGUUGGUUCUGACAUAUUUGAAAAGUAUUACAACUUGCUGGAAAAGCUAUCAGCAGUACAAACUGGUAUUGUCUAUGGACCGGAAAUGUUUGGAAACUUUUCUAUUAAUAUUCCGUUUCUAUUUUUAGCCGCCGAUUAUUGCUAUCAGAAGUCAUUGUUCUUUAUCAAAUAAAGCCUUAAAUUUCGGAAGUUAUACAUGUGACACUGCAGUUAGGAAACAUUUUUGAAUGGUCAGUCUGGAUUUCCAGGCUAGGUUUCUAUAUACAUAGCUACCUUUUUCAACGUUAUAAGCUACGUGACCUCUGGGGCAGUACUAUGCAAUAGCUAAUCAAUAUCAUCGCUAUAGUUCAGGUGACAUGAGGUCUUUGUUUAUUCACGUGACCAUAAAUUUGCAUAUUUGUAUUCAUACACGUUGUCGUUUUAAUUAAAACGUUUACAUCAGUUUGUAUUGAUUUUAGCUGACGAAUUUACAUUAAAAAAUAUAUUGUAGCUUUUCAAAUUAUGCACGCUGUGUAGAUAAUUGUUUACCUAGAAAGCUUGGAACUAUUUUUGGUUGUGUUGUAAGGAUGGUCUUAAGAACUGACAAGAUUUUCAAACGGAGUAUUCUUUUUGACACUGGUGGCAGCUAGCAGCCACCAAAAACCAUCUGUCUUACUGAAAUGCAAAGUUACUGAUGUUGUUCCCCUUGUGGAACACAAAUUCAAGGAGAAUUUCAAAAGGAUUAAAAUCUAUUGUCAGAAAAUUUCCAAAUAGCUUUACAACCAGUGUAAAGAAACCCAUCUAGAAUUUUGUUACAUACUGCUAUUGCUAUAAAAAUGUACUUUCUGGGCCUUACAUUACAUAACGUGUCUAAGUUUGGUUAUGUAUCUUUUUAGUAUGGCACAGAACAUGCAGUCAAUGUCAGAAGUCCAUUAGAUUGUAACUAGGCAGCAAUAAAUAUGGAUUUCGGGGAAAGGAGUCCCAUCAUAUCUCCUUUAACACAUCUCCAAAUAUUUUAUUUAUUGCUUUAAGACAGUUAGAUCAUUUGUUAUAGGGCAUGUGUGUAAUUUGUCUGUGAUAGUGAUUUGGAACAAGAAAUUUUUGCAAUUAUGUUAUAUUUACAGGAAAUAAAACUGUGAACUCAA